AUGGCGCCGUCUCUGCCUCAUAGCUACAUGGUAGGCGAUUUUGACUGCAACAUAGGCGUCGAGUUCGAGUUCGUCGUCCAAGGACUCAGAGGGGGCCGCCCUCCCUCUCUCGACUUGGAGGCACCGGAUUCCGAGCAGGACAAGCGUGUCCAGGAGGUCCGGCAUGUCCUGCGGAAGGCAAACAUCCGCUGCUAUCCUCCGAUCUCACGAGAUAGUCCCGCUUAUUUCGACAACGACGAUUGGGACCGCGGCUCAGGGCUGCUCAGUGGCUUCCUCGAUGAGUCGGCAAGGAAGCAAGGGUUCGAGAUCCAGGUUCCGGGGCCGCAGCGCAAGUACCAGUUCUGGAUGCCCCAUCCAGACCUCAGUGUCAUCCCUGACAGGUUCCAGACCAUGGCCGGCCCGGCAGACGACACAAAGCCGUCCCAGGGCUGCGAAAUCUCCUCUCGCGUGAUGCGGGCUUCAGACGCUGCCGGGGAGGUGACGCGCGUUCUGGGCGCCCUCCGCAGCGACAUGAAGGUGUGCAACACCACGACGGCGGGCCUGCACCUCCACAUGAGCGAGCCUCCUUCGGGCGACAGUCCAGGGGGAACUGUGCGUACGCUAACUACGAGGAGGCUGAUAUCCUUGCUAGUCAUGAUCGAAGGCUCCAUGUACAAGCUGUGCGAUCCUGAAAGGCUGAUGUCCGCCCACUGCAAGCCCGUCACCGAGUCGGUGCGGGCAAUCGCCGUCCGCGGCGACCCAGCCAAGCCGCUCAGCAAGCUAGGCCGCCAACACAUUUCUGCCGCGCUCAAAAACGUGGACAAGCAGACAAUGGCGUACAUUUGGGACGAGUCCAUAACCCAUGUGGACAUCCCGUACUUUGUCAGCGCUCCCGCCCUUCGCGUCAAGCCAAUCGGCAAUAGCGACCCCGAACUAGCCAGCAACGCCUUCGACUUCGAGUUUAGAUACCUUGAAGGGACUCUGGACCCGAUCCUGACUUGCCAGUGGGCCCGCGUCUGCUGCGCGCUGUUUCGCAUCGCGGCCACCUACUCGACCGACAUGUUUCGGCUCAAGAUGCUCGAGCUUGACCGCAUCAUCACACCGGACCAUCCCGCCUGGCACCGUGAAAGCAGGAUCCCCUUGAAAACAUCUAGCCUACGGGAUUUUCUAGCAGCUCUUGGGAUUGACAAUCCCGCAACAUACAUAUUCUGGCUUGAGAAGCUGAUAGCUAACGAGCAGGCCAUGAUUGCCAGGCCGAUUGUCGAUGGCUUCCUGGCCCCGUUGUCAGAGCAGUAA